AUGGCGCUUUACCGCAAUCAUGACCCUCAACUGACUGAGCACCCGGUUAUCUUGUCGCAGCUCGACAAUCGCGAGGUGCGAAACUACCUCCUGAUAGCCGCGUGGAUGGUGAUGAUCCGCGCUCUCGCUCGCAUUCAUGAGGUUCAGCAUGACGUCGAUGUCGAAAUGGAAGACGCUUGA